GCUAAAGCUUGGUCAUUUCCCUCCUUCUCCUUCCCUCUGGCUCUCUACCAACUUCCUCCUCCAGCCAGGGCAGGGUCCUCAGCUCCAACCAGCUCCUCCCUGGUCCUCAUAGCUCUCCCCGCAGCACACUCGGCCAGGGGCCCUGAGGAGAGCAGACCGAUGUCCGUGGACAUGGAAACUGCAGACGGUGGCGAGGUGGCGCCCGAGGCCCCGCAGCCCACCCAUGUCAGUGUGCACAUCCACCAGGAGUCGGCUCUGGCCAAGCUCCUGUUGGCAGGAUGCUCUCUGCUGCGGCUCCCAGACCCCGCCACGGGCACAGCCUCCCAGACCCUAGGCAGCAGGCGGCUGCUGGUGGCCUCCUGGGUGGUACAGCUGGUGCUAGGUGUCCUGAGUGGCAUCCUGGGGGGAUUCCUCUAUACCUUCCAGCACACCAAAUUGUGCUACUCGGGAGCUGCCAUCUGGACCGGGGCUGUGGCUGUGCUGGCUGGAGCUGCUGGAUUCCUUUAUGAGAAACGGGGUGGAAUCUGCUGGGCCCUGCUGAGGACCCUUCUUGCAUUGGCAGCUUUCUGCACGGCCACUGCAGCCAUCAUGAUUGGGGCUAGUAAUUUCAACCAGUAUCGCUACUAUAUUAAUGACAAUGACUGUAAAGUCUACUCAGCGGGUUGGCCCACUGUAGCCCCCACCACCCCAAGUCCCCAAGAAGUCACAAGGCUAAUCCUGUGCAUCUCCCAGGUGAACAUACUGAAGGCCCUGUUCAUAAGCCUCGAGGUCAUGCUCAUGGGUGUCUGGGUUCUGCUGCUUCUGGCAUCUCUGGCCCCCCUGUGUCUGUACUGUUGGAGAAGAUUCCCCCCUAAGAAAAAAAGACACGAGAAGAAACUGCUGGGAGUUAGUGGGAUCUAGCCCUGACACUCAUUCCUGGUACACCUGCUCUGGCUGUCCCUGCAUCUGACUCUUGGAAGAAGCAGCGAACUGGAGGGAAGAGACUCCAACAGCCCAGUUACGUUUGCCCCACAACAUGGCCAUGCCCCCACCACCCACCAUCACCGCGGCUCCUGCACCCCUUCCCAUCCCACCCCCCGGGCAGUAAUUUGAUAAUAAACUCUCGUGUUACUG